AUGAAAACUCCUAAUGCUUCAAAGCAAUUUGACAAGCUAAAAUAUCGGGUAAGACCAUGUAUAUAUGCUUUAUAUAUAUAUAUGCUCUCUAUAUAUAUGCUCUCUAUAUAUAUGCUAUAUAUAUAUAUAUAUAUAUAUAUAUAUAUAUGCUAUAUAUAUAUAUAUAUAUAUAUAUAUAUAUAUAUAUAUAUAUAUAUAUAUAUAUAUAUAUAUAUAUAUAUAUAUAUAUAUAUAUAUAUAUAUUUAUGAAUACACCCUUUUGAUGAUUACGUCAUUUGGCUUGGGAGCCUUGCCCUCAUGAAGGAUUCAGGAAGAUUGCCCCUGCUACUUCUGUAGGAGUGGUGAGUACUGUUGGUCUAUGGGAAGUUGAAGAAACAACUGGGAACUGUGAUGGAGGAAAGAUGGAUACGGAACAGUAACGUCGGUGGAUCUGUGAUAUAUAUAUAUAUAUAUAUAUAUAUAUAUAUAUAUAUAUAUAUAUAUAUAUAUAUAUAUAUAUAUAUAUUUAUAAUAUAGCAUUUGUAAAUUCUGAAUGCUGAUUGGCUGAGAGCCAUGUUGAUAUAACUCGAUGUCAACACAGAAAUGUCGGAAAAUUUCUUUCUUUAUAUUUCUUUGUGCUAUAUUAUAAAACAAAUAUAAAACUUUUUUCCGUAUUGAUAUACAGUUAUAUCAACACUCGUGGAAAUUGGGAAAACUCAAAAUUGUGUGAAAACACUCCGCCCUUCGGCCGUUGUGUUUCCACACAAUUUCUCGUUUUCCCAAUUUCCACGAGUGUUGAUAAAUGUGGGGUUUUUCAAACCUUCGUAACGCUUGAUAUAAGGAUAAAACGCGCCGCGAUAUGCUAAAAAUAUAACACAUUACAUUGCAUAAAAUAUAACUGUAUAUCAACACGGAAAAUGUUUUAUAUUUGGUAAAUAUAUAUAUGCUCUAUAUAUGCUCUCUAUUCUAUAUAUAUAUGCUCUCUAUAUAUAUGCUGUAUAUUUAUAUGCUGUGUAUAUAUAUACAUAUAUAUAUAUAUAUAUAUAUAUAUAUAUAUAUAUAUAUAUAUAUAUAUAUAUAUAUAUAUAUAUAUAUAUAUAUAUAUAUAUUUAUAUAUGUAUGUAUGUAUGUAUAUAUAUAUAUAAGUUAAUCACCUGGCAAAAAGCCAUUUAAAUAAGUUAAUCACUGACACAUAUUUUUUGACGUUUCGACUUUAUUGUCUUCUUCCAAGUAAAAAUCGUUAACAUAAACCCCUACUUAUAUACCCUACCAGACGAACAUAAUUAUUCAUACUCCUCAGAAUCCUGUUCAAUGUUCAACCCCGAGGGGUACAUUGUCAUAAGUCUAUUAAUCCAGUACAUUUCCCUAAUCGUUGGUUCUGCUGGGUUGGUUUUAUCAAUUAUGACUAUAUCACAGUCAUUCACCAUUAUGGUUUUCACCUAAGAAAUGCGAAUGAAAAAAGGCUUGUGUAUGAGCUUUGUUGGACAUUGCUUUCCAACAAAGCUCAUACAUGGGGUUGAACAUUGAACAGGAUUCUGAGGAGUAUGAAUAAUUAUGUUUGUCUGGUAGGGUAUAUAAGUAGGGGUUUAUGUUAACAAUUUUUACUUGGAAGAAGACAAUAAAGUUGAAACGUCAAAAAAUAUGUGUUAGUGAUUAACUUAUUUAAAUGGCUUUUUGCCAGGUAUAUAUAUAUAUAUAUAUAUAUAUAUAUAUAUAUAUAUAUAUAUAUAUAUAUAUAUAUAUAUAUAUGUAUAUAUAUAUAUAUAUAUAUAUAUUUAUAUAUAUAUAGUUAGUUUUUUUUUAAGAUAUAAAUUAUUGAUCCACUCCCCUUUGGAUAUCAAGUAAAACACUAAAAUUUUGCCAUUUUUGGGAGUAAAUCACAUAUAGGCUUAAAUGCUUAAAUGUGUCUGAGCUUCAAGAAAUUGUCAUACAUAUGUUUAUUUUGGUUGCAGUAUAGUAAUAGUAAUUUUGUAAUUUAAUUAAUUUGUGAAAAAGUUAGAAUGCCUCGCAUGGGACUUAUAUGUCUUAAUUGUUUCACUGUCCAAUAAGGUUUACAAUAUAAAUAUUUAUGUGCCCUAGAAAAAAUAAGAUGAAAUACUUUUCCUCCUGCAUUGGAUAUCCUGACUCUUCAAUGCGGUUGCCUAUAUAAAAUAAACUGGCUCGUUGAGGUAAUUAGUUAGGAUACUCAUUUGUUUGGAUAAUGUUUGGAAAUAAUUUAAUGAAAUCACUUGAGUAUAUGAAUUAUCAGUGUCACAUCUCCACAGUGAGUGUGUAAUUAAUAUCAACAACCCUAAAACCUUAUUUUCAUUAAUAUUUUGCAUUAUCUGAUAGUAUCUGAAAUACUGUAACUACUAAACAGUACUUAGCUGUAUUUUCAUUGUUUAGGCAAAGGUGUUGAAUUUUCAUUGUGGAUGGGAUAUUGUAGUGAUGGCCAGUCAUAGACAUAGUCGUGGCACAAGUUUUGUGAGAUUUGGGACUUCUGGUCUGGGGGAAGAGUUUAUUGGGGCUAAUGAGCACCUAUCAAGUUCCCCAACUGGAAAAGCAGUUUUUAAUGUCUUUUCUUCAUAUAUCAGAGGUAAGUUGUUUGUAUUUUUUUGUUGGGCAUUUUUUUCAGAAAUUACCUUUUGGUAGGAUAAAUACAGCAUUAUUUCAAUAGACCAUGAAUAGACAUUUUUCAUAAAGACGUCAACAAGUUUCAUUACUGACGAGCCAAUCAAACUUAGUGUAACAUCUUGUAUCCCACAUUUGACGUCAUUAUGAAAAAAUCCAUUAAAAUUUUCAGCAUGAGUAGUCAAAUGUACAAUUAUAUGAGCGCCAAAGUAAUGAAGGGAAUAAUCAUAGUCUUCAUAGUUUUAAAUAAGUUUAGCAUAUCACUUGGCUUGUGGAAAUAUUUUCAACGGCACUCACAAUGCAAAUGAAGUUAAUAUGCAAGCCCUGACUGUUUCCCAUCAUUCUUUUAGCGCUUAUAUAAUUGAAGGUUUAUGGAGUUGUUAAAGUUUCUGUGAUCACAGUGGGGAUUUUGCGUAGGUACAUCCUAAGUUUCAUACAAUUUGCUAGAAAUGUUUGAGGGAACUAAAACAGUCCUUAGCAUUGAGCUACUUCGCCCUGAUGUUUAUUACAAACCCUUUUCAAAGACCUAAAAAUAUGUGAUGUAUUAAAAUGUAUAUUCGAUGUUAAUGUAUUGUCAUAAGUAACUAUAUAUAAUGAACAACUAAACUGAAAAUGGGUCUUGGACAGAAUCAUAUAACCCGUACCUGUAGUUAGCGCUCAAAAAUAAGAAGUAUGUUAGUCUUGUUAGAAGCUUCUUAUUCUGGAAUUCAUUUGUCUUUUAUAGAGAACAAAAAAUCAGACCCUAAAAGGCCUACUCUAGGUAAAGAAGAACCUCCAUCACAAUCUAUGUCCCCUGUCGUAUCUAUUCCUUCCCCUGUUACUCCUAUUCCUUUUGCCACUUCCCUAUUCCCUGUUACGUCUAUAUCUUCAUCUAUGUCCACUUCUGGACCUUCAUCCUUAUCUUCUUCAAUAAAUUCUGGACCUUUGUCCUUAUCUUCUUCUGUCACUUCUCAACCUUUGUCCUUAUCUUCCUCGGUCACUUCUAGACCUUGGUCAUUGUCUUCUUCGGUCACUUCUCGGCCUUCAUCGUUAUCUUCCUCG